UUGAAGACAGAAAGAGAUAUACAGAGCUGUUUCCUCUUGGCUUUUUUAGCUGUCACAGCUUUCUUCAUCCGUGAUGCCCAGGGCCAAGUGUCCCCACCAACAAGACUAAGAUAUAAUGUAGUCAGUCCUGACAGUGUACAGAUCUCUUGGAAAGCCCCCAAAGGGCAAAUCACUGGAUAUAAGCUUCUUGUCACUCCAAGUUCAGGUGGAAAAACCAAUCAAUUAAUUCUCCAAAACACUGCAACCAAAGCAAUUAUUCAAGGUCUUAUUCCAGAUCAAAACUAUGCCCUUCAGAUCAUUGCAUUCAGCGAAGACAAGGAGAGCAAGCCAGCACAAGGCCAGUUCAGAAUUAAAGAUAUAGAGAGAAGAAAAGAAACAAAUAAAGCCAAGGUGAAGGAUCCAGAAAAAACAAACGCGAGUAAACCAGCUCCAGAAGGAAGUCUGUUUACCUGUAAAACUCCAGCAAUUGCAGAUAUUGUGAUACUGGUAGAUGGUUCUUGGAGUAUUGGCAGAUUCAAUUUCAGACUCGUUCGACUGUUCCUGGAGAAUCUCGUUUCUGCUUUCAAUGUGGGAUCUGAGAAGACAAGAGUAGGUCUUGCACAGUACAGUGGUGAUCCCCGAAUUGAAUGGCAUUUGAAUGCCUAUGGCACAAAAGAUGCUGUUUUGGAUGCAGUCCGUAAUCUACCGUAUAAGGGAGGGAAUACAUUAACAGGUCUUGCCUUAACUUACAUUUUGGAGAACAGCUUUAAGCCUGAAGCAGGCGCAAGGCCUGGCGUAUCUAAAAUCGGCAUACUGAUCACUGAUGGGAAGUCCCAAGAUGAUGUUAUCCCUCCUGCUAAAAACCUACGAGAUGCUGGCAUUGAGCUGUUUGCUAUUGGUGUAAAGAAUGCAGAUAUAAAUGAACUCAAAGAAAUUGCCUCUGAACCUGACAGCACACAUGUCUACAACGUUGCUGACUUUAACUUCAUGCAUACCAUUGUUGAAGGUCUGACCAGAACAGUGUGCUCACGAGUAGAGGAACAGGAAAAGGAAAUCAAGAGUGAGUAA